ACUCACCCGCGCCCGCGCAGCAGCCUUGCGCCCGGAUCCCGUGCUCCCCUGCUGACAGACACACAGGCGCCCACGAGUCUUUCCUCGUUAGCCCCCGGGGCAAAGACCCCUUCACCGCACCCCCAACGCUCACCCUGGGCUAGCAGCUGCUCCUGGGCGAAUCCCUCCUGGGCGGCCCUUCUUGCAGCCCCCAACACCUGGACCAGCAGCUUUCUCGGCCGCUACAGCCGGGUCUUGGAAGCCGCCAGGCGCGCAGACCGGACCCAGGAAAAGGUAUCUACAGAAUAUUUAAUGUACAGAUCCAGGAUCCUCAAGACUUUGUCACCUUGAAUCAAGGACUUAUUUUAUAUAUUUCUUGGCUUUUACUUAACACCAAGUUAGUUAUUUUUUUAAGGAAAUAACGUAAUUUCACUAAGUGGAUUUAAAAAAUAAAUAACACUACACAGACUUUCCAAUGCCUAAAAACAGCAAGGUCGUUAAAAGAGAAUUGGAUGAUGAGGUUAUUGAAUCUGUCAAAGACCUUCUUUCAAAUGAAGAUUCAGCUGAUGAUGCAUUUAAGAAGAGUGAACUAAUUGUUGAUGUUCAAGAAGAGAAAGAUACAGAUGUGGAAGAAGAAUCUGAAGUUGAAGAUGAAAGGCCAGCUUGGAACAGUAAGCUACAAUACAUCCUGGCUCAAGUGGGAUUUUCUGUCGGUUUAGGGAAUGUUUGGAGAUUCCCGUACCUGUGUCAGAAGAAUGGGGGCGGUGCAUAUCUUUUGCCAUAUUUAAUACUACUUCUGGUAAUAGGAAUUCCCCUUUUUUUCCUGGAACUUUCUGUGGGUCAAAGAAUUCGGAGAGGCAGCAUUGGUGUGUGGAAUUACAUAAGCCCGAAGCUAGGCGGCAUUGGAUUUGCAAGUUGUGUAGUGUGCUUUUUUGUGGCUCUCUACUAUAACGUCAUCAUUGGCUGGAGUUUGUUUUAUUUUUCUCAGUCUUUUCAGCAACCGCUGCCUUGGGAUCAGUGUCCUUUGGUGAAAAAUGCUUCACAGAUUGUUGUAGAGCCCGAAUGUGAAAAAAGUUCUGCCACAACGUAUUAUUGGUACAGAGAAGCACUGAGUAUUUCCGGCUCCAUCUCUGAGAGUGGGGGCUUAAACUGGAAGAUGACCGUCUGCUUACUGGCGGCCUGGGUCAUGGUUUGCUUGGCUAUGAUCAAAGGCAUUCAGUCUUCUGGAAAAAUCAUGUAUUUUAGUUCUCUCUUCCCAUAUGUGGUACUUUUAUGCUUCCUAAUCAGAGCACUCCUUUUAAAUGGUUCAACUGAUGGCAUCCGCCACAUGUUUACCCCUAAGCUUGAAAUCAUGCUGGAGCCCAAAGUCUGGAGAGAAGCGGCCACGCAGGUGUUCUUCGCGUUAGGGCUGGGGUUCGGCGGCGUCAUUGCCUUCUCCAGCUACAACAAGAGAGACAACAACUGCCACUUCGACGCCGUCUUGGUGUCCUUCAUCAACUUUUUCACGUCUGUCCUGGCAACCCUGGUGGUGUUUGCAGUGCUGGGCUUCAAAGCCAACGUCAUAAAUGAGAAAUGCGUGGCCGAGAACUCAGAGAUGAUCUCAAAACUAUUGAAGAUGGGCAACAUCAGCCAGGACAUAAUUCCUCACCAUAUCAACCUUUCAGCUGUUACUGUGGAGGGCUAUCAUUUAGUUUAUGACAUCAUCGAAAAAGUCAAAGAGGAAGAGUUUCCUGCUCUUCAUCUCAAUUCCUGUCGUAUUGAAGAUGAGCUGGAUAAAGCUGUUCAAGGGACUGGCUUAGCAUUCAUUGCCUUUACAGAAGCGAUGACCCAUUUCCCUGCAUCUCCAUUCUGGUCCGUGAUGUUCUUUCUUAUGCUGAUAAAUCUAGGGCUUGGCAGCAUGUUUGGGACCAUUGAAGGGAUCAUCACGCCCAUUGUGGACACGUUCAAAGUGAGGAAAGAAAUUCUUACUGUUAUCUGUUGUCUUCUGGCAUUUUGUAUUGGCCUGAUAUUUGUGCAACAUUCUGGAAAUUACUUUGUUACAAUGUUUGAUGACUAUUCUGCCACCCUGCCACUCCUGAUGGUAGUGAUUUUGGAGAAUAUUGCUGUAUCCUAUGUGUAUGGCAUAGAUAAGUUUAUGGAAGACCUAAAGGAUAUGUUGGGCUUUGCACCCAACAGAUAUUACUAUUAUAUGUGGAAAUAUAUUUCUCCUCUAGUGCUAUUAUCAUUGCUAAUAGCUAGCAUUGUGAAUAUGGUACUAAGUCCUCCUGGCUAUAAUGCAUGGAUUGAAGAUAAGGCGUCUGAAGCAUUCCUGAGCUAUCCAGGAUGGGGAAUGGCCACGUGUAUCUCAUUGAUUGUUCUGGCGAUCUUCCCUGUUCCCGUGGUGUUCAUCAUUCGGCGCUGCAAUCUCAUAGAUGAGAGUUCUGGUAAUUUGGCAUCGGUGACCUAUAAGAGAGGAAGGGUUCUGAAAGAACCAGUUAAUUUUGAAGGAGAUGAUGCGAGCCUUAUUCACGGAAAGAUACCAAGUGAAAUGUCAUCUCCCAAUUUUGGAAAAAAUAUUUAUCGAAAACAGAGUGGAUCACCAACUUUAGAUACUGCUCCCAACGGACGGUAUGGAAUAGGGUACUUGAUGGCAGAUAUGCCAGAUAUGCCAGAAUCCGACUUGUAGCUCGGGGGAAAUCAGCAUUGUUUAGUUCCUUUCUAUCACCGAACAUUGGCUCUCCUAAGAGAAGUAUUAGGCUUCGCUUAUCAGCAGACGAUCUCAGGUGUUCCAUGGCUGUGAUCUUGAAUCCUAACAGCGUAGGCACAUUCAACUAGAGCAUUCUUUGGUUUGGAUUCUUUGGUUUACAUUUCUGCUGAAAGGAUCACCAACAGCUGACAAUGACUGAGGUCCAUGUUUGCCAGGAUUUUUUUAAAGUACUUCUGGUGUAUUUUCAACUAUUUCUAUCUGUAAAAAUAGGUGUUACCUCAGUUUCUAAUAAUUUCUGGAUUUAAGAGUAUGGGCAUUUCAAACAUGGUAUACCUUAAAAAUUUAUAAGUUUGCCUUCAGGUUAACUCCCAGUAUUAAAAUGAGCAGUUUUAUAAGUUUGUGCCUCUCAGCACAUUUUCAUGAAUAUAUCCUGUAGAUAAGCUGUACUUACUUUGUUACCUUCUUAGGCAUUGAUACCUUCUUAGGUGGUUAGUGAAGGAAUCUACAAAAUAUUUUCUUAUGUAAUAGCUGUAUAGAGCAAUAGUUUCAAAGAGUAAGAAGGCACUUAUGCUGGGAUGGAAGGCUCGAUCCAGAGAUGACUAGGGACCAUGGGAGCUAUGACUGUAUAUUUUGUGUAAAAUAUAUGUGUGAAAAUGAUCUAAGAGUAAGUUACUCAGCACUCUCAAGAAUUAUGCAAAUUUUGCAUUUUUCUAUGCCAUGUGCCUAAAAAUCUACUUCAUAUUUAUUGUGAUGCUGAGAUUACUUAGAGUAUAUUUAUAUAAUAUACUUGGCAAUGUAUAUAGAUGUAUACUAGUACGCUAAGUACUGAUUUGAAAAUUUGAAGCAAGAUGGCAUUUAUUUAUUUCUGUUUUGCUUCUGUUUUAUGCAAAUAUAAAUCCUUUUUUUAAAGUGAUUGUUAAAAUUG